ACUGUCCCUUUAAGAUGAGGCAAAGCGCUGAGCUGGUACAGCAGAGAGAAGAACAUCAUCGAACAGAGAGGAGACAGCUGAAGUACAGAGGAUCCGAUCACUAUACAGAGGCUCUCCUGAUCACUAUCCUUAUACAGAGGAUCCGAUCACUAUACAGAGGCUCUCCUGAUCACUAUCCUUAUACAGAGGAUCCGAUCACUAUACAGAGACUAUCCUUAUACAGAGGAUCCGACCCCUCUCACUAUACAGAGUUCUCCUGGACACUAUCACAAUCCCUAUAGAGAGUUUUUUCCGAUCCUCCUCGCUAUACAGAGCCUUUCCUGGAUCCUCACCUGAUCACUAUCCUUGUACAGAUCCUCACCUGAUCACUAUCCUUGUACAGAUCCUCAGCUGAUCACUAUCCUUGUACAGAUCCUCAGCUGAUCACUUUCCUUUUACAGAUCCUCAGCUGAUCACUUUCCUUGUACAGAUCCUCAGCUGAUCACUAUCCUGGAGUAAGUUCAGACAGUCUCAGAACACAAGACUUGCUCCAACUAGACUCAGACAACUUUCCCGAUCCCUCCCAGAGAGAAGACGUCUUGGAUCUAGUCGCUCUGCUCGGGACGAUCUCACCAUACACACCAAGCCGUCCCCCCUGUUGUGUGGAGCCCUGGUGGUCGGCAUGAUCGUCCUGCUAACUGGGAUUAUUUGCAUACUGGCUUAUGCCUCAGGGAAUACCAUAAAGACCCAGGAGAAGGGUGGUGAGCGCUUUGUGUGCACUGCCCUGCCCCCUGAUGCCACCCCAGGCUGCCCCAUGCCAGGCUUCACCCCAGAAGAGGAGCUCAGGAGCACAGUCAUCCAGCUCCGGGAGACCAUCCUGCAGCAGAAGGAGACCAUAGGCAACCAGAAGGAGACCAUCCGGGAGCUGACCGCCAAGCUGAACCGCUGCGAGAGCCUGGCAGAGGAUGGCAAGCAUGGGUCCUGGAAGAAAGUGGCCGGGAAAGGGAAGGACACUAUGGGGGAUCUGCCCAGGGAUCCCAGCCAGGUGAUAGACCAGCUCAGCCGGACCAUGCAGACCCUGAAGGACAGGCUGGAGAACCUGGAGCAUCAACUGAGAUCCAAUGUGUCUUACUCGGCUCUGCCUAGUGAUCUUCGAGAGACGCUCCAGAGGAGGCUGGGGGACCUGGAGCAUCAGCUUUUAAACAAAGUGGCAGAACUAGAAGAUGAGAAGUCCUUGCUUCAUAAUGAGAGCGCAGCGCACAGGCAAAGGACCGAGUCUGCGCUCCACGCUCUCCUGGAAAGAGUCAGUGAACUGGAGAAAGGGAGCAAUGCAUUUAAAUCACCAGACGACUUCAAGGUUUCUCUCCCACUUCGUACCAAUUAUUUGUAUGGCAAGAUUAAGAAGACUCUGCCUGAGCUAUUCGCUUUUACAAUCUGCAUGUGGCUGAAGUCCAGCGCGUCGCCUGGUAUUGGGACCCCGUUCUCCUAUGCUGUCCAAGGCCAAGCCAAUGAGAUUGUACUUAUUGAAUGGGGGAAUCACCCUAUUGAGCUAUUGAUCAAUGACAAGGUGGCCCAGCUCCCAUUCUCUAUCGGUGAUGGAAAAUGGCACCAUGUUUGCAUCACAUGGACAACCAGGGAUGGAAUGUGGGAAGCAUAUUUAGAUGGCGUCAAACUGGGCUCCGGGGAAAACCUAGCCCCAUGGCACCCAAUUAAACCAAAUGGAAUUCUUAUUCUGGGCCAGGAGCAGGACACUGUUGGAGGAAGGUUCGAUGCCACUCAAGCUUUUGUUGGAGAAAUAAGCCAAUUUAAUAUCUGGGACCGUGUCCUAAAAUCAGAAGACAUCAUCAGUUUAGCCAACUGUACCGCCAACAUGCCAGGAAACAUCAUACCGUGGGCUGAUAAUAAUGUUGAUGUAUUUGGGGGUGCAACAAAAUUACCCCUGGAGCCAUGUGAAGAACGUUUACUAGAUUUAUAGCCAGGACAUCAUUCCCCCAAGUGCCCUACUUCUAUGGAGACAAUCUCUUAUGAGAUUACUUAUCCUACAAUGCACUUAUUUGCUCAGAUGAUUUUUUUUUUUUUUAAAACCCUUGACAAAACCGCUAGUUGUUCCUGAUGUGGAUUUAAGCUCAAAGAUACCACCAUGGUGUCCGCUAUCAGUGCAUAAAUCCAGAAUAUGACGGCAGCACUUCUAUAGGGAGCUCAAUGAUACUGCUUCCUUACAGUAGCCAUACAUCUUCCUAUCUCUACUUAUGUGUAUUAUCAGUUGGUAUCGCGCCUUUCAGUAAAAUCUCUUUGGUAAAAGACUUUCACCCAAGACAUAAUUUGCAUCUAGUAGAUUCCAAAUACUUACAGUGGCCAUAACUAGCUGCAAAGAGUUCUGGUAGGGUAGAUCUGUGAAAUGGUCUUAGUGCUAUGGCAAUUUUGCAGAUCAACCCUUCUGCAGUCAUUUGCAACUUGUAAUGUCUAGGUCCCUAGUAAGAUUUCAAAUGGUACCAUUUGCAAAGUGUAGUAACUAUAUACUAUAGUUAUAAGAAAAAAAUAUAUUUAUAAAAUACACUUGUGCAAUUGUUUUAACCCUAUAGAAUGCCCCAUACGUUGCAGAGCCACAUUGCUCCAUUCUGGCCAGUCUGCCUCUGGGUGUAUUCACUACAGCACAGUUUUCACCCCUGUAGAAAUCGUCUUAUUAACAUUAGAAUUUACCAGAACGAGACAUUUUGAUAACAUAUAUAUGAUAUUAUAUAUAUAUUUAUUCAACUUUAAUUUUCUCCAAACAAUGUAAAUAAAACAACAUGGAGAUGGAAGAAAAAAAACAAAAAAACAAAAACAAAUUUAUACUAAUUUAUACUGACUAUUUUUGCCAGAGCUGCUAUGAAAUAAUAUGUAUAAAAUAUUAUUAAUGCACAGAUGUAAUGAAUUUUUGUUAUAAUAUUACAAUAUAUAUAAUCUAAAUCAAUUUCUUUGUAAAAGUUACAGAAUUAUAUUACAAUAUAUAGAAUCUAAAUCUAAUUCAAUUUACUUGUGAACGUUACAGAAACCUAUCAAAUAUUGGCUCGUAUUAGUCUUACGGACAUCACCUCAUCAAUAAGCCAAUAUCUGAUUGGCUAUGUUUCCUGUUUAAUUCAGUACUAUGAAAGGGUUUGUCUGAGGAUAGAAAAAUGGGUUUGCUUUUAUUCCCCGAAACUACGUCAGUCUUGUCCAUGAGCUCGAAUAGGGAAUAAGCUUGAGCUGCAGUAUCAGACGCAUCCUGGGGAAAGGAGUGGUGCCGUUUCUGAUAGUUAGUGGAUCCUUCUCUUCUAGUCCUAUGUAAAUCCUUUAAUAGCUGAUUAUUUUUGUUAAUCCAAAUAAAUAGCAUUAUUAUAAUUUGUAAUGUUUUCCAAUACAAACAGAUGCAUGUCAAUUAGACACGUCACAAGGCUUUCAUUGAUGGUGGCAAAAAGAAGAGACGUCAGUAGAAAGGUGAAGAAAUGGAGCCACAAUGCAAAAAUUUAAAUGUGCCCCUCACAUUGGUUCCAGAUUUUUCCAUCCAGGAUGGGCCUGGUCUAUAUCUUUCUCCACACCCAUUGCAUGACCAAACUCCUAUAUUUGCUAAAAAUGUAGUUCCUUUAUGAUACAGGAGUCCUUCACAGUAGUGAAAGGGAGGACACCAGCCACAUCAGGUCCUUUCUCUAAGGGGUAAAUAGCAGCUCUACAGUCCACUUCUAUGGAAGGUUUAAUAAUAUUGAGAUAGAACAUAGGAAUUUAGGAAUACACUGGACUUUAUAGAAAUCAGAUCAAAUUCAUUCACCACCUUUUUCUGUAAUUUUCAUUGAUUUCAGUGGAGAAGUGUCUAUAUUUUAACAAUGUGAUCCUUGUGACAUGUCUAAAGUCAUUAAAGGAGUUGUCUGAGUGUAUCAUUUUAUUUUUUAAAGUUUCAGACUGGGUGGAAAAAAUAUAGAAAUAAGCAUUUUCCACUUCCAUGAUCCCCCAAAGCUACUAUUCAUAUGCUUACCUGGUCCUCUCUGAUCUCCACUUCCUGCUCCCAGUGCUGCACACAGGAAAUGGGAGGAAAUGACCAUUCAGCCAAUCACUGGAUGUGACCCGCCUCAGCAAUUGGUUCAGUGAGUAUUUCCUGCAUAUUAAAGGGACCAGGAAGUGAGGAUGAUAAUCAGGUACAGGUGAGCUUUAGAACUGCAACAGAGAGGGACCAGGAAGAGGAGUAAUGCUUUUUUCUUUGUUUACCCAAAGUGACUCUUCAAAAAAAUAAACCUGCUGGACAACCCCUUUAAUGCCAAAUGUAGGAAAACCCCUUAAAGCCAUUUAAGCCAAUGUUGGCUAUUGUUAAGCCUGAACUUUACCAAUAGAAGUAACAUACUGAUUGGUGGUUAUGGUUUAUCAUACACUUUUGCACUUUGUCUCCAAGAUACAGCCAUAUAUCAAGAGCUACAGUAGUUUAUAGUAUGGAGUUUGCAACUGGAGGUCUACCUUGUUCCUCUAUACUUGCAGCAAUAGCUUUUAGAAUAGUUUCAUAAAAAAAGAAUAAAUAACCUCAGCAAAAGUAAUUUUAUUCCAAGAGGUUUGAAUUAUAUUAUAAAGUAACACAGCUACAAUAAGGUAGAAGACUUCCAUCACAUUCAUUGCUUGCAGUAUUCUGUCUUGAGAUUAUUAUACUGUUGGUUGUAUUAGGCUGUGAACAGGAAUGGGCAAAAUAAUUACAAUUAGUAUUUGUAAUGUUCCCAGAUAAGUAGCCGUUAACACAUUACUUAAGUAGCAAAAAAAAAUCCUUAAAUUCCACAUAGUGGUAAAUGAUCGUUCCAUCUCAUUAUUCAACAUAGUGUUUGUGUAACCAUCUAUAGCUAGAGGGAAGGACAAUAUAUAUAAUUUAUGUCUCUAUUAAUAUGGUUCUGUAAGGGGAUUGAAUAAACAGUUUGUAGCUUUUUAAGCUUCGUGCAUUAGUCACAGGCCAGACAUGACUAGUACACCUAACCUCAAGCCAAUCAUGUAGACAUUCAUUAGAGGAACCCUAAAUUCAUCAGCUAGACAUGGGGAUUCCCCCACAAGCUUAGCCUGACCAUUUCUAACCAUACAGUGGGACAAUAGAGGUAAUGUUCCUCCUUGAGGAGAGCUUGACUAAAGUGCAACUUAUAGGCCAUUCACACUCCACUGGGAAUUUCUGGGAAGAGACCAUACAAUGCCAUACACUUACAUUCUUUUUAGCCAAAAAAGGACCAGCCUUGCAUAUGACCAUGCGAAGACUAUAGGACAUGGUCAUCAGUCCACAUGACACAGGAAGUUGUCCUUUCCAUAUUGAAUAAAUCAUUAUCAACUUUUUUAGGUGCAUUUUUACUUUUGAUGCUUGUGCACCUGUAGGCUGUGGGGUAUAAAUCAUGAUUGCAUUUGGGGCUGAUCAAUAGUAAACAUGACCUUCUUAAACUUAAUCUGUGACAUUGCAUGUUGACCUUAAAGUGGUUUUCUAUUUUAGCCAACUCUCAAUUUUCCAAUACCUCUUUAUUUGGGCAUUCUGAGACAAUGGGGGACCUUAAUAGAACCCUUGAGUAGCACCUUUGUCAGUUCACCAGAGCACAGAAUGGCUGUAAAGAGUAUCUUUCCUCUGGAGGAUCUGACCAAUCAACAAAUUACGCAGUAUGUCCAUUUAUUUCAAUGGAGACUUUGUCCAUUCUGCCUCACAUUACAUCUGAUCACUGGGGGGGGGGGGGGUCUAUAUUGGGAUAACUUGAGAUUUGCUUAUUUUGGGGAAUCCUUUUAACAAAAAGGCAUCUUAAACUUUAAACAUGACCUUCAAUUAAAAGGAAACCUACAGAUGGAGUCUCAAUGGGCAGCAAUGCAUCCGCAGGGUCAGUACUCUGUCCCCUGCUACUAGUGGAGGCCAUAUAAACGAACAAGGGCUUGAAGUUGUUUUCCAGUUUAGAAAAGCCAUUAACAUAUACUGUACUUCAUUAGGAAAUUUGGAGUUAAUGGGGAGGGGGGUUGGGGGUCCAUUGUUCAGGACACUCCUCUUGAACUGGAAAGUGACUAUGAACAGAAUCUUUUCCUUUGAAGGACAUCUCCAGUCCUGAUUUACACAGAUUAUCUAAUAAUUUUAAUGGGUACUGUUUAUUCCUAAUCUUCCUUAAGAGGAAAUGAACCUCUUACCAAUUUACCACCAAGGAUAAAAGCCUAAUUCUAAGGGUACCCAUAGGUGGACUAUUUGGGAUAAGUGUAUUGUCAAGGAACCCUUCUAAGAAGUAGGGAUUGUCUAAAGUUGAGAGCCCCUUUAAGAACUCAUCAUAUGUCAGGAAACCACAGUAUGGCUUAUUAAUGUUUGGAAAGAAUGUUUAGCAGUUAUAGAAUACAAAAAAGAAGUCUUUAGGGUUUAGAAAGGCUCCCAUGUUAGCAAUCUUUGGCAUUCUACUCACAUUCUUCAUCCUCCCUUUAUCAUCUGUACUGUUCUUAAGUAGUUUGAACUUUGACGUCUUUGCUGUAAAAGGCCAACAAUGAGCCGGUGCCAAAGUCACAUUAUGCUUUCCGCAUAUAAAUAUGUACAUGCUAUAAUUUCAGUGAUAAAAUGCAUUGAAUUGUUUUUCUACAGGGAACACUUUGUCAGUGUGCUAGAUUGCCUAUUAUUAUAUUCUGUAUCAUAUGUGCCAGAACCAUUACUGGCUUGGUGGAAAACAUGGUGCAAGUAACAUCUACAAUUGUUAAGACUAUACAAGCUUUGUUUAGUGCAUGGAUCGGAGAGGUUCCCAUUCAUUCUUGUUCCCUCUAUGCAAACUGCCACAGAAGAAUAGAAUAGGGGGGGGGGGCUAUAACUUGGCCUCUUUCCUUGUUUAGAACGUUAAGAACCUGCUAGUGUUUUCACUUUCUUAGGCGGAGUUCCAACUUGGCAGUUUUUUUUGGAAUACUGUCACUGCAGUUUUUCAGCCAAAGCCAGAAGUGUUACCAUGAGGAAAGAAAAGUAAAAGUCCUUCCUUUAUAUUUCCCAUUUCUUUUGGAUCCACAUUUGUGUUUGGCUAAAAAAUUGCCAUAACAGGAGGAAUAAAGGAUGAUCUUUCCCAUUUUAUGGUCAAGGGCCAAUACCAAGAAUGAAGCAAAAUCAUGUGAAUCCUCCAGAAACACUAAGUGGGUAAAAGGUCCUUGAAGCAUCUUGUUCUGCCUACAGUUAAGUGUGUAGGUCCAGGGACCCUAUGGACAUUUCAUCAGAUUUUGCAAGUUCAGAGUGCACCAGUAAAUAUACCAGAAUAUGCACUAGGAAGCUCACAAGCUUCUGCCAUCUGUGUAGCACCAGGUCUUGAUUCCUAUUUGUAGCCUAUGUAACAGUUGUAAUAAGGUACUAAAUGUCUGGUUACCUUAUAGCAGACUUAUUUGCACCAUGUUAUUAGAUAAGCCAUUUACUUUAUAUGGGUGUAUUUUACUUACAUGAUUUGUCUUCAUGGUAAUCUUUUUUGCAAUGAGUAGCUACUGCCUAUAAGGUCUUUUAUGUGUCUUAAAGAAAUGAAAGACAACUUUUGGCUACAGAUUACAUUAGGGAAACUAUUAGGCUACAUCACUCUUGUAGUUACAUGGAGUGGUAGUCUGAAUGAUAUAUUGUUUCUCCAUUCAAAUUUUUUAUUUGCAAUGGCCUUGAAACUUGGGGGGAUCCUUUCUGGAAAUUUAUAUGGUUCCCAGUGAUCGGACUCUAAUCAGUAUAAUAUUUAUAAUUUCGGUAGAAUCAGUUUUAUAGUCUCAAGUCUCUAGAGGAUUUCUAAGCUUUGUCCUGGGGGUAUUUUCAGGGAAUAAAGGAUCAUUCGAAUAUGUUAUCAAGUCCAACCCUUGAGAUCCCUGCUUGUCAUCAGAAUGAAUGUGGUCUAGCUGUAGUACAAGUCACAGCCACAUAUACGGUAUCGAUGAGCGUGUGUGCCUAGAUUACUAUGAAAACAAAUGUUCUGACAGUCAGUAGGAGCCUCACUCAAACCUUUAUGUCCUUAAGGAGGUUGUCUUGUGAAAGAAAAAUUACUUUAAAUCAGUCACCAUGGCUAAAAAAUAAAAUAGAGGUUACUCACCUACCUGAACCCCCACUACUGCCAUCAUGACAUUGCCUGGGUCCCCUUUUGGACCAGGGGGUUUGGUUUAUACCAUUGAAUUACCCAAUUCUCCAUCCUUUUUGGGCUAUUUUAUUGAUUUUGAUGAGGUCCACAUUACUCGCUGCUUUCUAGUGGAAAACCUGCUUGAAUGCCAAUCGCUAUCUGUCAAUGCCGCGGUCAGUAAUUGGUAAAGCAGGAGUUUCUACAUAGUGAGAUAUCACCUGGAUGAAGUGAGCAAUGUGAAUUUGAAUUCAAAGGUGAAUUUCUUUUGAUGGAUCCCUUUUAAGUCUCAAAAUGCUUCUGGCUCAUAGAGAGUGGUCCUGAGCUGGAGACCACUCUUUAUGAUGCCCAUAUGCUCCAAUGGGGACCACCCAGUCAGACAAUCUCCAAAACUUGUACAAUGACAGCUUCAUCUGCAUUGCAGCUAGCAGCGACUCCUCAAGUGGAUAUUGAAUGGAAAAUAAUAAAGACUUGAUUUCAGAUGUUUGUAAUGCCUCCCGGGAGUUGUAUUCCUGCCAACCACUGAGCGCCAAAAGUUGUCUUUCCAGGUUAUAUGGAUAUAAAGCUUGCGGGUAUAUAUAUUAUAUGAGUACUUCAGAUAAAUCUAGAAAUGUGGCAGGGAACUAGAAAGAUUUAUACUGUUCUAUAAUAUUUAUUUUUCUUAUGUGUAUGUAAUGUACCUUGAUCUGCCGCAGAGGUAAUCUGCCUUUGUAGAUGUAGGUCAGAUUUUAUAAAUGGUAUGAGGCCGAUCUUCAGAUGUUUUAAUUAAAGACGCCGUAUCAGAGAAUUGUGUUUAAUUGUGCGCUGCUAAUUCUACUGAAGUGUUUGCUACAUUGUCUUCAUGAUGCCUUAGCUUAUAAAAUCUCAAAGGAAAGUAAUGAUCACUCUUCUUCUUUAUGGAUUGGAUUCUUCUUGUUUAAGCGCUCCACAUGUUCUUAUUUUACUGAUCGUUUAAAUGUGAUUUUAUAUAUUCUCAUGCCUGACCUGCAUACACAUGAUAUUAAAUAUUUAUGCUCAUGCAUAUGUAAACCUCCA